AUGGGCCUACUCCUAAUAAAAGCCCAAGCGUAAAACUAACUGUUGACUGUCCCAAAUAUUUUUGUAACUUCUUUCUUCUUCAUAUUUUCUCACCGUAGUUGUCGGCUUCUCGCAAUCGGAAGACGUCGUCAACGUCGGUGUUAUUAUUCCCGGCGUAAUUUUCCGAUCAUCACUGCUCUAUUCUUAAGGAGAGGCUAGCUAUCUGUUCCUUAUUUUCAAAUUUUCUUGUCUCUGUUCUUUCUUUAGAUGUCAGAAACUUUGCCGCCAUUUUCAGUAAAAGGUUGAUUUCUACAUUCCCUAGCUAGAUUCAUCUAAAAACUAGGGUUUUAAUUAGGUCAAGUAUUGAUUAGAAUUAGGUUGCGCUUAGGUGAAAUAAUGUUUCUUUGUUUUAUUUUCAAACUAAAUUUGGUAAUCAGAUCUCUAGUGUUUAUGAUUUGUCAUCAAAUCUGAUGAUCGAGAUUGGAAUGCUGUAGAUGUUUAGAUUUAGAUAUUUGAUCCUGAUGCGUAUUUGGUAAAUUUUCAGACUCGUUAAUCUGAUCAACAAUGUCAGAUUCUGGUGAAGCUAAAACGUCAGAGGAAGAAUCUCAACUUGCUGAGCAAGAAACAGAGACUCGAGAAGAUGAAAUGACUAAAAACUUGAAGAAAAGAGGUCUUGAUGUAGACAAAGAUGAAGAUUCGAAAAACGAAAGCUCCAGAUUAGAGAAACUAGAGAAGAAGGUCAAAAAAGCAACAUCGAGGAAGCUUGAAACUGACUUUGAGCCAACGGAGGAAAAUGAUGCAUUGCCAUUAGCAUGUUCCAUUUGCAAAAAACCAUUCAUGGAUCCUGUUGUCACCAAAUGCAACCAUUACUUUUGUGACAAGUGUGCUCUAAAGCAUCAAACUGAGAACGAUAAUUGUUUUGUGUGUAACGAGCCAACUCUAGGGGUUUUCAACACAGCCGUGGAGAUCAAGGAAAGAAUAGAUGAAGAACGUGAGAAAGCCAGAGCCAUGGUGAAGGAAGUGAGAGUAAUGUUGGAAAAGGCAUCGACAAUGGCGGAUGGCGCGAGGGGAAUAUCGGAAAAGGCUGUAAAAAUGGUGGAGGAGAUUGAAAGAAUGGUGGAAAAAGUGGCGGCUAUGGCGACAAAGGCGGCAGAAACGGCGACAAUGGCGGCAGAUAUGGUGCAAGAAGCUGAGGAGACGAUGGAAACGGCUAAAGCUAAUAUGGCGAAAGCGUUUGCGGUAAUGAAGACGGUCAUGUGGAACGUGUAAAUCGCUAGACGCACUCACACGUCAAAACAGAGUUUCAAAUAUAUAUAUAUAUCUUUUGGAUAAUGAAUUUUGCUGCCAAAUAAUCAUGUUUCUGUUUUUUUUUUUUUGUGAUCUCAUGCUGACAUCAGCUAUAGUUUAAAUGUUUAGAGAAGAUGAGAACAUAUUUGGGAGAUAGAUAGGUGUCGUCAAAAUUGGGAAGCUUAUUUGGCAGGAGAAGAGAGUAUAAACACGUGCUUAAAGUCAAUAGCUAAUCCAAAAAGGUAGACGACAAACCAAUUAAA